GGAAUGCUACAUCCUUGACGAGACAUUUUCACUGAUAACGCGACGUUUUUUGUGGCAUUUCGUUGCUCAGUCUGUGGCAUUUGGUGGAAUGCAGACCCGGAACAAGUCCGAUUGCUUCAUGAAAGGCAUCGCCCUUCUGAUGAUCCUCGUAAUAUACCUGAGGACCAUAAACGGACAGAAUUCCGAGGAAAAAUACAACCGGGGGAAUGCUCAAUUGUCGAGAGCACACGCCCGUGCACGUGAAGUCAGGGGAAUUCGACCUGGAAAUCUUCAGACAGCACGAGACUUUGGUAAAAGGGAUCAGCGCUUUGAAGAAAUGAAGGAUGUGCAGUUGGAUCGGCAAACAAAGAGAUAUCCCAGUCAAUGGUUUCUGGAACAGUUGCGAAGGCAUCCCGGAAUCACGAGGGAGUAUGAGCGAAUCCUGUUGAAGGCUGGAGACCGCAGGAAUUUGACGACCAAGAUCUUGCUUGAAUCCAUAAAAAUUCUUUGAUUACUCCACUGAUGAAUGUUGAUUUCGUUAUGAUUUGGA